GGGAACGCGCGCUUGCGUCUCCAGUAAGAUAGGAGCGCGCGAUGCAGGAAGGAACCGGGAGGCGUGGCUGAAACGUGCCCCGCCCAGGAGCUGAGUGUGUUCAGAGGCUAUUACAUUAUCCGAUUGCCUUCGUUGUCUCCAGAGGCGGGCCGGAUUUAACGCGGCGGCCCCUUUAAGCUGGCUCGGGCGCCCGGGGAAAAAAGGCUGUCCUGCGCCUGCGCAACGGAGCCUUGACCUCGCGCUCAGUUGGCGCUGCUCGUGACUACUUCUUGUUGUUAUUUUUUUUUUAAAAAAAAAGGUGGUAGUUGGUGGGUGGGGGAGGGGGAAGCGCAACGUUUCGCGUUCGAGUCUCCUCAUUUAACCGGCAGCGGCGCCCCCGUCGCCAUAGCGACCUGUCCCUAGCAGAGUCGGGCCCGGCGAGUCGGGCCCGGCCCCGGAGGGAGCCCCAGCGGCCGAGGCCAUGGAGGAACCGGGAGCGGCCGCCUCGUCCUCCUCCUCCGGAGGGGACGCCGCCGCCGCGUCCGAAGUGACGGAGAUCCGCGUCUCCGGCCCGCAGCCGCUGCGGCUCUUGGAAUGGAAAGUGUCGGCCGGGGCGGCCGUGAAGAUCGGCUCGGUGCUGGCGGUUUGCGUGCCUAUCGUGGGCUCGGCCCGGCCUGGAGCCUCGGCCGCCCCGCAGCGGACAGCCGAGCGAAAGGUCAAAGCGGAACGGCCGGGAGUGGUGCGGGAGCUGUGCGCGCAGCGCGGGCAAGUCAUCCCGCCCGGAGGUGUCCUAUUGCGGCUGGAAGGAUGCAGCCAUCCAGUUGUUAUGAAAGGCUUAUGUGCAGAGUGUGGCCAGGAUUUGACACAGUUACGAAGCAAGAAUGGAACACAGAAUAUGCCAGUAUCCACAGCAACUGUAUCAAUGGUUCAUAGUGUACCAGAAUUGAUGGUUAGCUCUGAACAAGCUGAGCAGUUAGGAAGAGAAGACCAGGAGAGGCUACGCAGAAAUCGAAAACUGGUGCUAAUGGUAGAUUUGGACCAGACAUUGAUCCAUACAACAGAACAGCACUGCCAACAGAUGUCUAACCGAGGAAUAUUCCAUUUUCAGUUAGGUCGAGGGGAGCCUAUGCUACAUACACGGUUGCGUCCUCAUUGCAGAGAGUUCCUAGAAAAGAUUGCCAAGUUGUAUGAACUACAUGUGUUUACCUUUGGAAGCAGACUUUAUGCACAUACAAUUGCAGCAUUCUUGGACUCUGAAAAGAAGCUUUUUUCCCAUCGAAUAUUGUCAAGGGAUGAAUGUAUUGAUCCUUAUUCUAAAACUGGGAACCUUAGAAACUUAUUUCCUUGUGGUGAUUCCAUGGUUUGUAUUAUUGAUGACAGAGAGGAUGUCUGGAAAUAUGCACCUAAUUUGAUAACUGUGAAGAAAUAUGUAUACUUUCAGGGCAUAGGCGAUAUUAAUGCACCGCCUGGAUCAAGGGAAAUUCAAAUGAGAAAGACAGCAAAUCAUUCUUCAAAAGUAACAGAGGCAUCGGACCCAGCAACAGUAACGGGAGACUCUGAAGAAGCAAAGAAUAUUGGAAAUGUAGACGAACAAAGCAAUGGCAUUCAAAAAUCUGCAAAUGAAGUAAAUGGCAAUAACUCUAUCAGCAGUGAGACUCCAUCCUUGGAUUUGAAUUGCAAUGAUAAAGUUAGAGACUCCUUAAGUGAUUCUAAACAUGGAAUGGAUGUUACUAAUGAUGUGAUGAGUGCCAAAGAAUCUCAUGUGUCUUCAGACGACGAUAAUAGGACAAUUGUAGGCAAACGGCAGAUUCAAAACAAGAGUACAAAUUAUUUGGACUUUGAAUUGUCUAGUGAUAGUGAAAGUGACAGUGGGUUGGAUGCUAGGAAAUCCUCCUCCUCUUCUCCUACAGAUAGUGAAAAUGAAGGAAAGAGAAGCUGGAGAAAAUCAAAACAGCCUGUACUAGAGGAAAGUGCAGUGCCUAUGGUGGGAACUGAUACGAAUGUAGGAAAGGACGGACAGUUGAACCAUUCUGCAGACUCUGUAUCCUCACCUAGCAUCAAUCCACAUCCCAAGGCAUUCGAUCUGGAAGCACAUGAAGAGAGUGAACAAGACAGCCUUUGUAGCCUAGGAAAUGGUUGCGUGGACAAGAAAGAGGCAGAGACAGAAUCUCAAAAUAGUGAGCAAUCUGGGAUAACUGUGGGAGAAUCUUUAGAUCAAAGCAUGGAGGAAGAGGAAGAUGACGAUACAGACAGUGAUGACCAUUUAAUAUAUCUUGAAGAGAUUCUUGUUCGGGUGCACACGGACUAUUACUCAAAGUAUGAUAAAUAUGUGAGAAAAGAAACAGAUGAAAUUCCAGAUAUAAGAAAAAUAGUGCCAGAACUGAAACGAAAAGUGUUGUCAGAUGUUACCAUAUUAUUUAGUGGAUUAUACCCAACCAAUUAUCCCAUAGAAAAAACUCGGGAGCAUUAUCAUGCUACUGCACUUGGAGCUAAGAUUGCAAAAAACCUAGUAUUGAAUGAAGAUGACCCCAAUAAGCCAACACACCUUAUUGCAGCAAGAGCUGGCACAGAAAAAGUACGGCAAGCUGAGAACUAUAAAAAUCUCCAUAUUGUAAAUCCAGACUGGUUAUGGAGCUGCUUGGAGCGUUGGGACAAAGUAGAAGAACAACUGUUUCCUUUGAAGGAUGAUUACCUUAAAACACAAAGAGAGUACAGUCCUGCCAUGUUUCCAGAUAUACACAGUGCUUUCCAGACUGCUCUUUUCCACCCAACUCCCAUUCAUCCAAAGUGUCAGCCUGGUCCUGAAGUUCGGCUUUAUGAUCCCAACACCGGAAAAUUAAUUAGGAAAGGAUCUCAAAGCGCCAGUCAGUCUUUGUAUAUUCAAGCACCAGCUUCUCCUCUCUCUCUGCCCGUCCAUGGGGAACAUUCCUUAUUCAGAGUUGUUCAACCACACCAACAGCUUUUUGAUGAAGAGGAGAUGCCAGCAAGUGAGAAUGAAGAGCCUGGCCCAUCUAAACGGAAACGCCAGCCAAGUAUGUCUGAAACAAUGCCACUAUACACUCUUUGUAAAGAAGAUUUAGAAAGUAUGGAUAAAGAGGUUGAUGACAUAUUGGGAGAAGGCAGUGACGACAGCGACAGUGAAAAAAAGAAGACAGGAGAUGGAAAGGCAGCACCACGGAGUAAAGCAAAAGAAACUGUAAAUGUAAAAAUAGAAGAGAGACCUGCUUCAGCAUCUUCAAGUGAAAGAAGCUUGACAGGCAGUGUACCCAGGGGACAUAAGCGAAAGCUGGAUGAAGAUGAUGGUGCCAGUGAAUCUAGUAAAGGGUCUAGCAAUGACGAUGAGGAGGGCAGCAGCUCAGAAGCGGAUGAGAUGGCGGCAGCACUGGAAGCCGAACUGAAUGACUUUAUGUAACCUUCAUAUGGGAGGGGACUUGUAAUUAUGUGUUUCUUUUUGCAACCAUUCAGAAUUCCAAUGGUGGGCAUUUCCUGUUUUCCUCUCCAAAUAUGGUGUAUAUUUUGCAAAGCAACAAAGGAGGUGAUAAUGCAUUAUUUUACAAAACCUGAAAUAAGAUGUUUUUAGGGUGUUUUACUAAAGGAAUAUAUACUUUUUUAAAGGAAAAGUAUUAAAGGAGGACUUGGUGUGAUGCCAAAGACAUGUUGUGAGCUCUGCAGAACCUUGUUAUUUGAGAGGUUAGUACAAAGAUUUGCAUCUGAACAUUUAAAAAAAAAAUUGCCAUGACGGCUUUGGGUACCAAGCUUCAGAAAGAAUACCUAAGGAAUAUAUUGCAUGGAUGAAGCAAAAGAUCUUGAUCGGGAUAUGUUUUCUUCACAGUGAAUUCUUAUCAAAUAGAAAGAUUUUUAAAAAAUAAAAAUAAAGAACAAUUUAUAUUUGUAUAGGAACUGAGAAUGCUAUAUGCAAGCUUUGUGAACGCUGCACUCAACCUACCUGCCACUUGCUUCUAAGAGAAUAUAUGAUGGUUGAUUCCCAUGUUUUUAAGUUACUUUGUGGACUAGUAUCCUUUAGAGAGAGACCAUUUAGAUUUUUAACUUUACUUCUCUGUAAUUGCAGUUCUAGCACAGGCUAUUCUGUGUAGUAUUGUACUGCCAUAAAACAUAUUCAUGCAUUUUGUGUUGUGUUUGGAAGGAAUUGCUGCUAGCAAAUUCCUGAUAGCAUUUUAUUUCUUUCAAAGGACAGAUGUAAAGUUUUUUGUACAUUCUAUUUCAUAUUUGAUCUACAAAACAGAUUCUUUUCAUUUAAUAAUAAUAAAUAAUACAUUUUGUAAGCUCUGUUCUCAUUUCAUUAUUUACUGUGCUGAUGUUGCUAUUUUGGUUGCUUCCAUGCAAUAAGAUGCACCUUUUCCAAAAUUACACUUCUAUGAAAAUAAUUAGCAACAUAUUUUGGAAUAAGAUCAAAAUGCCUUUGAUGGAAAUCCUCUCAUUCCAUGCUUUCCCUCCUUUUGAGCUUGCUAAUUGAAUUGACAGGAAAUACUUGUAAAGCAGUUUGAUCACAGAAUUGUGUUUGAGCAGAUGAUGUUUUAUGUGUUUAGUCAUAUUGUUCAAGCCACGUUUUGAUGGUUUGGAGUCUCUCUUAUUAAUUGUGUGUGUCGGUCAAGGGAUGAGUCACCUGUAGUUUUGUCAGUGAAAAAUGUGGUUGGGAUCCAGAUUUUUUCCUUGCCUUUUGUGCAAGGAGUUUGCAGUAGCUCAAUGGAAUUUCUUACUUUGAGCCGCUGGUUCCCAUGCUGUGACAAACACUAUCUUUGUAAGUUAUUCUCUUUUUCAAAAGCAUCUCACCAUGUGUCUAGAGGGGAUUACAAAGCAUUAUGCAUAUCACUAUUGCGUAGCUCAGCUUGCCCUAGCUGAGGCUAAUGAGAGUUGUAGUCUAAAACAUCUGUAUGGCACCAGAUUGGCGAUGACUGUACUAGCUCCUUACCUCUAAUCUCCAGCAAGGAUGAAGCUUCAAUAAAUGUGUAUUUUCUCACAUUUUUUCCUUGUUCCUUUCCCCAUCCAAAUUCGAAUCAUAAGGUUUCCAUAGUAAAAAUCGGUCUGAAUCACUAUGUACCUAGUUAAAUGUAUCUAUGUAUAAAUCAUAAGAAUGUUGCUUUAUUCGUAUGAAGAAUAAUUUAGUUCUCUAAUAAAGUCUUUUUUGGGCUGAAUAUACAGCUCAGCUGUGCUGACGGAACAUUUUAAAUUAAGUGCUGUAGCUUUUGAAGUGAAGCAGUUGCACUGAUCAAUAAUCUAGUCUCUCUUGGUUCUAUGGCGGUUCUAUAACAAUUGGCUUUAUUCUGGGUUAAAAACCGCUGUUUGAUGAUUAUGAUGAUGGUGAUGAUUACACAUAGGGUACAAAAUCUCCAUUACAGGUUACAAGCCCGGCUUUUCGCCUGCAGCAAAAUAAGCUAUAAGGACACAGGGACAUGGAAGUGCAAAGACAGACCCUUCAAAAGUUCAUAAAGCCAGUACUUACUAAGGAAAUAUAUUUACCAGGACUAAGGAGGUGACAGGGGCAGUGCUUGUUCUGCAGUUGAGAACUAUGCUUUAUACAGAUUGGAGACCUCUGUUGAUUCCAAUAAACUUCUAAACUUAAUACAUUCUGCCAACUAUGGGGGUUUUUUGUGACAGGGUUAAGAAUUUUGGCUUAUGAAAAAGAAAAGAGAAAUGCAGACAAGUACCUGGGAGUACCUGCCUGCCUCAUUAUCCCCUCCCGGGUUGACCCACAACUCACUUGCCAUAGACAUUUUAGGCCUCUCUCCAGACCAAGGUCAAGAAAAUAGUGGCUCCACAUCAAGGGCCUCAUGACUUAUACUUGUUUGCCUCCCCAUAUGGCAAGAUUGCACAAAGGGGCUGUAAAGAGCUAGGAAUAGGUAGGUAUGCUACAUCCACAGGUAAGUGCACCACCUAAUCAUUCUUACUUUUUGCUGCAGGGAAGAUUUGAAGGCUUCCAGGGCUUGGAUCACAGCUAUCUAGCUAUUCUCCCAGUUAUGCUGGCAACAUCGCCCCCUCUCAUCCAUAGAGGGAGUUCAUGUACCACGGUUUUUAGUGGGAGCAAGGUGGCACUGUGGGCUAAACCACUGAGCUUCUUGGGCUUGCUGAUCAGAAGGUUGGCAGUUCGAGUCUGCAGAACAGGAACUCCCGUUUCUCUGUCCCAGCUUCUGCCAACCUAGCCGUUUGAAAGCAUACCAGCGUGAGUAGAUAGAUUGGUACCACUGUGGCAAGAAGAUAUAUGGCGUUUCCGUGUACUCUGGC